AUGUUCAGCAGGGAAGUUAAGCUAGCCCAAUUGGCUGUCAAAAGGGCAUCUCUAUUGACUAAGAGGAUAAGUGAUGAGAUUGCAGCUCGCACAGUUGGCGGAAUUUCGAAAUCGGACGAUUCUCCAGUCACUGUGGGGGACUUUGCUGCUCAGUCUAUCAUCAUCAACAGCAUCAAGAAAGCCUUCCCCAAUGAUGAGGUUGUUGGAGAAGAAGACUCUGCGAUGUUGAAGAAAGACCCAAAGCUGGCUGAAAAGGUGUUGGAAGAGAUCAAGUGGGUUCAAGAGCAGGACAAAGCCAACAAUGGGUCGUUAUCUCUGUUGAACUCGGUAGACGAAGUUUGCGAUGCUAUCGACGGCGGCAGCUCUGAAGGUGGCCGUCAAGGAAGAAUUUGGGCCUUGGAUCCCAUUGAUGGUACUAAGGGCUUCCUGAGAGGCGACCAAUUUGCCGUUUGUCUGGCAUUAAUCGUGGAUGGGGUUGUAAAAGUUGGUGUAAUUGGGUGUCCAAAUCUACCGUUUGACCUACAAAAUAAGAGCAAGGGAAAAGGAGGACUUUUCACCGCAGCUGAAGGCGUAGGAUCAUACUAUCAGAACUUGUUUGAAGAGAUCUUGCCUCUGGAAUCAUCAAAAAGAAUCACAAUGAACAAUUCUCUUUCUUUUGAUACCUGCAGAGUCUGUGAAGGUGUUGAGAAGGGUCAUUCAAGUCAUGGGUUGCAAGGAUUAAUAAAAGAAAAGCUCCAGAUCAAGUCCAAGUCCGCCAACUUGGAUUCUCAAGCCAAGUACUGUGCUCUGUCGAGAGGAGAUGCUGAAAUAUAUUUGAGGUUGCCAAAAGAUGUGAAUUACCGAGAGAAAAUAUGGGAUCAUGCUGCUGGCAACAUUCUGAUCAAGGAAAGCGGAGGCAUUGUGUCUGAUAUUUAUGGUAACCAGUUGGAUUUUGGCAACGGUCGGGAGCUCAACUCGCAGGGAAUAAUCGCGGCAUCAAAAAAUUUACAUAGCGAUAUCAUCACUGCAGUGAAAAGUAUUAUUGGAGAUAGAGGCCAAGAUUUGGAGAAGUAUAUAUAG